UUUUUAAAAAAGAACUAUACGUAUAGUAAAUAAAGAAAGAGUAUGAGUCUGAAAAAAGAAAGUUUCGGUUCGGAAAUCAGAAGACUUGCAUGGGAACGAAAGAGACGGAGGUUGGAAGAAAAACGCAAGAGGUUGGAGGAAAGAAAAAUCUUUUUGGAAGAGCAGGGUCGUCGCGUCGACAAAAUUAAGGAUAAACUUUUAUUUGGAAAAAAUUGUGAAAUUUUAUGUCGUAAGGUGGAAAUGGAAAAGAGAAGUUUUGAAUUCAGGUUGGAUUUGGAAAACAACGAGAGGGAUAACACGCGUGCUUUGCGAAAAGUUAUUGGUCCCGACCGUUAUUUGGAAGAUGGUGGUUACGAUGAGAUUGAAAUACUUAUCUGUCCUAAUGAGGUUGAUAAUACGGAAGAGGAAGUGGAAAAUUAUAUUAAUUAUGGAACCUUGGUUUUUUAA